CAAAAGAGGAGGACCUUGAGUAUCAGCAGGUUGAUCGAGGAAAGGAAUCCAUGAAUUCCAAAGAGAAUUGUGGAAACGAACUCCGAACUGCCGUCCUUCAACUCAGCGAUCGCUGCCUUUACUCCACUUCCAAAUGGGCAGCAGAGCAACUUGUGGGGAUCGAGCAUGACCCAGCAAAGUUCACACCCUCAAACACAAGGUUCCAGCGUGGAAGUUCGAGCAUCCGGAGAAGAUUCCGCACCAAUGAAUUGACUUCCACACCGGUAACCGGUGUGUCUUAUGUAUCCACUCCAGUAAUGGAAGAGGAUGAGGCGGUGAAUGGUGAUUUCUACCUUCUGGCAAAAUCAUACUUUGAUUGCCGAGAGUAUAGAAGGGCUGCUCAUGUCCUUCGCGAGCAAACUGGGAAGAAAUCUGUCUUCCUGCGCUGUUAUGCUCUUUAUCUGGCUGGAGAAAAGCGGAAAGAAGAAGAGAUGAUAGAACUUGAGGGUCCCUUAGGUAAGAGCUACGCUGUCAAACGUGAACUGGUUUCUCUGGAGAGGGAGUUAUCUGUGCUGCACAAGAAUGGAAUGCUUGAUUCCUUUGGGUUGUACUUGUAUGGACUUGUCCUUAAGGAGAAAGGCAAUGAAAAUCUUGCUCGUACAGUUCUUGUGAAUUCUGUGAACAGUUACCCUUGGAAUUGGAGUGCCUGGUUGGAGUUGCAGGCUUUAUGCACUACUAUAGAUAUCCUGAACAGCCUUAAUCUCAAUAAUCACUGGAUGAAGGAGUUCUUUCUUGCCAGUGUUUAUCAAGAGCUCAGGAUGCAUAAUGAGUCAUUAGCAAAAUAUGAACACUUACAGGGCAUUUUUGGUUUUAGUAAUUAUAUACAGGCUCAAAUUGCAAAAGUUCAGUACAGUCUACGGGAAUUUGAACAAGUUGAAGUGAUAUUUGAAGAGCUUUUAAGGAUUGACCCCUUUCGAGUGGAAGACAUGGAUGGAUAUUCCAAUGUGCUCUACACGAAGGAAUGUUUCUCUGCCUUGAGCUAUCUUGCUCACAGGGUUAUCUUGACUGAUAAGUACAGGCUGGAAACUUGCUGCAUUAUUGGGAACUAUUACAGUUAGAAAGGACAACAUGAGAAGUCAGUUAUGUAUUUUAAGAGAGCACUCAAAUUAAACAAAAAUUAUUUAUCUGCCUGGACUCUUAUGGGUCAUGAGUAUGUUGAGAUGAAAAACAUUCCAGCUGCAGUUGAUGCCUAUCGUCGUGCUGUAGACAUCAGUCCUCGUGAUUAUCGUGCAUGGUAUGGAUUAGGACAAACAUCUGAGAUGAUGGGCAUGCCAUUCUAUGCUCUACACUAUUUUCGAAAAUCUGUUUUCUUGCAACCAAAUGAUUCUCGGUUGUGGAUAGCCAUGGCUCAAUGUUAUGAAACUGAACAACUGCACAUGGUUGAGGAAGCAAUCAAGUGUUACAGAAGAGCGGCAAGCUCUAAUGACAGGGAAGCAAUUGCCCUACAUCAACUAGCAAAGUUGCAUAAAGAACUUGGUCGUUCUGAUGAGGCAGCAUUCUACUACAAAAAAGACUUAGAGAGGAUGGAAGCUGAAGAUAGAGAAGGACCUAACAUGGUUGAAGCUCUGAUGUUUCUUGCUCAACACUACAAAGCCCACAACAGAUUCGAAGAGUCAGAGGUGUACUGCACUCGCCUUCUGGAUUAUACUGGCCCAGAGAGAGAAACAGCAAAGAGUCUGCUUCAAGGAAUGAGAAUGGAUCGAUCUGGAUUUCCUUCAAUGGAUGCAGAGCAUUUUCCCCCAUGAUCAUCCCCACUAGAUAUAUUUUAUGUUUUUGAUCGAUCCCCACUUGAUUAAUGUUUGAGAAUUAUUUGAAGCAGGUAGUCCUUUCUCGAAUUUCAGAAAUCACAGACCAGCAAUCUGUUUUGGGAUAUCUCAAAAUUAUAUGGCAAGCAUGUUUUGGCCAGUAGUGCUACGGAGUCGAAUCUUCUGGUAUAGGGAUAGGUAGGUUACAUGAUUGUACAAUGAGAAUUUUUUUUUUUUUUGACCAAAGUGAAAGUGUUGUAUCUUAACAUUACAAGUCUACAACCAAGACAUGGGGCACGUAAGACUGUAUAAGUAUAAACUUUCUGAAGCAUGUGUAGUUAGUUCAUUAUUUAUCAAUGUAGUACCAGGCCGGGACUAGUUAACAUUUUAGGAAGCCUCCUUUACAAAAGUUGUGCAGUGCUUGUUGAGGAAUCAUAUAAGACUACAAGAUUCUUUCAGUAAUUAGCUCUGCAUUUUGUUAUUGGGGGAAAAAAAAAGAAUAAUGAGGAUUCUCUGUGGUUCUAUAAAGAUGGAAAGAUGAAAACAAGAAAACAUUUUUGAAAUU